CCCCGCCCCCACCGCCCCGGGGCGGUGACUGACAGCAGCGCGGCGAAGCUGGGGAGCGACCGGCUCCCGGCAUGGCGGCGGCGAGCGAGGCGCUGGGCGACCCCAGCCCCCAGGACUUCGUCUACGGGGAGGAGGACUUUGUCCUGCAGGGGACCGGCUGGGGGGGCGAGCCGGGCUCCGCGCCCUCCCGCUUCGACCGGGCGCUGCUGGAGGGCUGGAGCGACAGGAUGGAGCGGGGCUUGUUCCGGUACCGGCUGGGGCCGCUGCCCACCCGCGUCCUGCCCGGCCCCAUGAGCCUGGUGGCCCAGCUCAACGUCCAGCGCGGCACCGAGCGCCGCCCGCCGCAGGCCGUCCUCAGCCUCCGGCAGCCCUUCGACCCCCGGGCCUUCAACUUCACACGGAUGCGGCCCGGCGAGGUGCUGCUCCGCCUGCGCAGGGCGGCGGACGAAGGAGGAGGAGGAGGAGGAGGAGGGGGUGGGGGUGCCGCGGCCCCCGACCACCUCCUGGUGGCCAUCAACGUCAGCCCGCUGGAGCGGGGCCACGUCCUGCUGCUGCCGGAGCGGGGCCGGGGGCUGCCGCAGGCCCUCACCGCCCCGCUGCUCCGCGGGGGGCUGGAGGCGGCGCUGCUCAGCGCCCACCCGGGCUUCCGCCUGGGCUUCAACGGGCUGGGGGCCUGCGCCUCCGUCAACCACUUCCACCUGCACGCAUUCUACCUGGGCCGGCCGCUGCUGGUGGAGUCGGCGCCCGCCCAGCCCCUCUGCCCAGCCCGCGGCCUCAGCCUGCUGCGGGACGUCCCGGCGCCCGCCUUCCUCUUCUACACCGCCGGCCCCGCCGGCCUGGAGGCGCUGGCGCGGGACGUCUGCCGGGCGGCGGAGCACCUGACAGACACCGGCCUGGCCUACAACGUCUUCGUCACCCGCGGCGACCCGCCGGAGGGGGCGGGGGCCGGGGCCGGGCGGGGGCUGCGGGUGCUGCUGUGGGCGCGCAGGCCCAGCUUCGGCGCCAAGGCGGGCGCGGCCUUCAACGUGGCGCUCUGCGAGCUGGCGGGGUACCUGCCGCUGCCGGCGGCGCCGCUCUUCCGGGACAUCACCGAGGCCGAGGCCCUGCGCGCCAUCCGCGAGCACCUCCUGCCGGAGCCGCAGCUGCUGCGUCUCGGCGAGGACCUGGCGCGGCUCCUGGCGGGUUGACCGGGGCCGGGGCCGCCCCCCGCACCGGCGCCGGCGCGCCUGCCUCCGCGCCGUCCGCCAGGAGGCGCUGCGCGGCGGCGGGCCCGGCGGAGGCGCGCGAGGCCGCUCUGGCUGGCG